CUGUAACUGGUUUGGAGAGAGGGAGGAGAACAAAUGGAAAGGGAGCAAAGAGAAAGAGGAUGCGUGAGAGAGAGCUGGACCCAAGAGAAUCCUCACACACAAUGGGAGUCCCUCGCUCUGCCGGAUUUUGAUUAAAAAAUAAAUAAACGGGACUUUGCCUAAAGAGGGUCAACAGGAUUUUGACAGUGUUUUGCCCCAUGGUGGGAGUCCUGUCUUUUGAGUAGUGGGACUAGUCAUGAAUGUACACUAACAACAAAGAAACAAGUCCUCUUUCAUCCCCUUUCUCUUACCAAACGACAGUGCAUUGAAAAUGGAGAAGACAUACUCGUUAACCGCCCACUACGAUGAGUUCCAGGAAGUUAAAUAUGGCGGUCGCUACAGCAGCGAUAUCCUCAGUAAUGGUAUGACUCUUAGUCUCGGGGGAAGCUUGGAUCGACAUACGACUCGUGGUCGAGGCGGGACUUUGUCCAACGGGCGAAACAAAGACCUGGGAAGCACCAGCAGCAGCGGAGGACUUCCUCGAUGGAGUCGUAGGGAGAUAUGCCUCCUUUCGGCGCUGGUUUUUGCCGCCGGUAUGUGUGUUAUCUUGGGCAGCAUGUUGGCACUGAAGUACAUUUCCCUGGACGCCCAACAAGACCCUCAGUGUCGACAAGACUGCCAACGGAAACGCUCCCUUUUGAGGGCGGCACGAUUCGUCCAGUCCAAUAUUGACCCGACCAUUCAACCGUGCCAGGAUUUCUACUCGUUCGCAUGUGGCGGAUGGUUGAGGCGCCACGGCAUCCCCGAGGAUAAACUCAGCUACGGAAUAAUCACGGCCAUCGGGGAACACAACGAGGAGAAAAUGGAACGCCUACUUUUGGAGCCGAUCAGAAGACAAGGCGUCGAUUCGGCCGAGAGAAAAGUCAAGGACUUCUACCGAUCGUGCGUCAACGUGCAAGAGAUCGAUAAGUUGGGAUCGGACCCCAUGACGGAGGUGAUUGACAGCUGUGGAGGGUGGGACAUGAGUGGAGCUCCUCCCAAAACGCCGGGGUGGGAGAGAGAGGGCGCCCCCCAGAGGCCGGACUUCAACGAGCUUCUGUACCGAACGCAGGGCGUCUACAGCACCGCCGUCUUCUUCUCGCUCACCGUCAACGUGGACGACAAGAACUCCUCCAGGAACGCAAUCAGGAUUGAUCAGGAAGGACUCACGCUGCCGGACAGCAGUCUGUAUCUGGGACAGGAUGAGGACAGUGUGAAGAUCCUGGCAGCGUACAAGGCUCUGAUGGAGCGUUUGCUAAGCAUGCUGGGAGCUCACAACGCCACGCAGAAGUCCAAGGAGAUUAUACAUCUGGAGACACGUCUGGCAAAUGUGAGCUGA